AUGAUCAAAGUACUCCGUGAAUGGGGUACUCUUGUGACUCCACAAUACGUCACAUCGCAAUGCGGUGCACAAAAACUACUCAUCGAUGGCUACAGCUUUAUAUGUCAUCGUGUGAAUGGUCCUCGAACUUACUGGAGAUGUGACUGGUGUCAAAAGAGCAAGUGCAAGGCAACUGUGGCCACUGAAGGCGGCGAGACGUAUUUGAAAGAUGUGCCGCAUAAUCAUCCACGAAGUAAGAACGUGCCACCGAAUCGCCGAAUCAGUGCACUGUUGAAAGAGGCGGUGAUGAAUUCGGAUGAGCCAAUUUCGGAUAUUGUCAGACGCGUUUUGCACGAACAUCGAUUCGAUCCGGACACCCAUCUGCCGACCACAAUCGAUACUAUGUGCCGUUCAAUGCAACGCUUUCGUGCAAAAAUUCGUAGCCAAAAACGUAAACAGUCUGUUGCUAAUACACCUGGAAGCACACAACAUCCUCAACAAGCCCAGCCGCAACCUCAACCCCAGCAAGCACCACCACCA